AACAGAGUAUUCCUUUUUUGAGAGGGAGAAGUUUCUGCAGGAAAUCAAAUAUAAUACUCUCUGCAAGAUUUAGUGCCUCCCAUGGUUCAUUCAUUAAGCUCUUAAAAGUCAAAAUUUUAUUAUGCUUCAAAAUUCUGGGUUUCUCGACUAAGUAUUAGCAUCUGGGUUUUUGCUUUCUGUUUGGUGUUUUUUUUUUUCAAACUUUGGAAGUGUACGUGAAAAGGGUUUAUUGGGUUUUGUGUUUUUUGUGAUUUCAAAGGGUCGAUUCUGCGUGUUUGAUUUGUAUUUGAGAAGGGGUUGGAAUUCUUUUCUUUCUACUUUCAAAGUUUUGAUCUUUUCGCUGAACACCUGUUGACUUCCUAUUGAGAUUCUUGUUUUCCUUGGUUUUGUUAGCUGUUUUUGUUUGUUUCUCUAGUUCAUGGUUUUUGAGUAUUGAGGUGGUGAUGGUGAUUUAUGGGUAGUACAACGAUAAAAUUUGGUGGAGAGGACAACAUAGGUGUCAAUCCUGGGAUGCCAAGCUUCAUUUCUCAGACACCAGUUACCAAUCCCAUGUAAAUUGUCUCUUCAUCACUUAGCUUCUUGUUCUGUUCAAAUUUCACUUCAGGGGUACAGAAGCAAACACAACACAAUCUUCUCGAAUAUCUGAUUUUGGGGUCCUUGAGCAGUAUCUUGGAUUUCAGAUUGGAGAAACUGCUAAUACUGGUCGAAGUCCAGUAUUUAAUCCCACUGUGAAUAGCCAAUCAAUGGCUCCUGAUCUCCAGUCUGGUGCAUUCAAUAAGAAUCAUGCUUCAAACAAUAUGAGUUUUUCUCCUGCUCUUUUGGGAUCUCAAGCAACCCAAUUGCAGAAGAGACCCCAGCCGAAUCUAAUUUCUAUGUCUGGUGCUCAACAUGAGAAUUGGGGAGAAUCCAACAUGGCCGAUUCCAGUUCCCGAACUGAUACUUCGACUGAUGUGGACCCAGACGAUAGAAAUCAAAAGUUUGAAAUGGGUCAAUCCGCUGUUGUCGCAGUUUCAGAUUCCAGUGAUAAAUCAAAAGACAAAACCCCAGAUCAGAAGACUCUGCGAAGGCUUGCCCAAAAUCGUGAAGCUGCUAGGAAAAGUAGACUGAGGAAGAAAGCCUAUGUCCAGCAGCUGGAGAAUAGCCGACUGAAGCUGACUCAACUUGAGCAGGAACUGCAGCGAGCACGUCAGCAGGGCAUUUUCAUUUCAAGCAUGGGAGAUCAAUCUCAUGCUGGGAGUGCCAAUGGGGCAUUGGCUUUUGAUGCCGAAUAUGCAAGGUGGCUUGAAGAUCAGAACAGACAGAUAAAUGAGCUGAGAGCAGCAGUGAACUCGCACGCAAGUGACACAGAACUUCUGGCUAUUGUAGAUAACGUGACGACACAUUUCAGUGACAUCUUCAGGCUGAAAGGUAAUGCAGCCAAGGCUGAUGUAUUCCACAUCUUAUCAGGAAUGUGGAAAACACCUGCAGAAAGGUGUUUUAUGUGGAUUGGUGGUUUCCGUCCAUCCGAACUUCUCAAGCUUCUUGUCAACCAAUUGGAGCCUCUCACAGAGCAGCAGUUGACGGGGAUCUACAAUUUGCAGCAAUCAUCGCAUCAAGCAGAGGAUGCCCUUUCACAAGGCAUGGAUGCUCUGCAGCAAUCGCUAGCUGAGACGCUAGCCAGUGGUGGAUCCGAAGGUUCAGCUGCUAACGUUGGCAAUUAUAUGGGUCAGAUGGCAAUGGCCAUGGGGAAGUUGGGCACUCUCGACGGUUUUCUAAGGCAGGCUGACAACUUGCGGCAACAAACUCUACAACAAAUGCACCGUAUACUGACAACGAGACAAUCAGCCCGAGCACUGCUCUUGAUACAUGAUUACUUCUCAAGGCUUCGAGCCCUCAGUUCUCUCUGGCUUGCCAGACCUCGAGAAUGAUAUUGCAAAUCGCUCCCCUCAACCCCCGUUGCUUCGCCCAUCUCACUCAUCAUCCAAUGUGCAUUCCCGCAAAGAUCAAACUAUACAUGGCUCUAUCAAAGGUGGAAAACGUGCAAACAUCUAUAGUCAAUGCUGGAACCAACGGCCCUCACAAGAUGAUACUGUAAGAUUUUUGUUGUAAAAUACGACCUUUCUACUCCGCAUGUAAAAUCCGUGGUUAGGUGUUGUACUACGAUUCAUAUAUACAGUAGAGUAGGAAUCAAUAAUGUGAUUAUGGUCCUAUUUGCUAGAACAACCUAGGAGGUUCAGUUAGCCUAGUGAGUGAUAGAUGUGUAAAGGGAAGUUGAAUAAGAAACUUAGUUGUCGGGUUUGGAUCCAUUUUCUUCUUUAUGCGUUGGAUGAUUUGAA